CAGCCCGGGGGCGGAGACCAGCCCGGGGGCGGAGAGUGGCCCCGGGGUCCGGCGGCGCGGCUCGCGUGGACGGAAGGCAGCGCGCAGGCUCUACGGCAGGUGCACGGGGUGGCGGUCAAGUUCAAGCUGCCAGCCCCGGGCCCGCCGGUGCCAUGGAUGGCCUGCGCCAGCGCUUCGAGAGCUUUCUGGAACAGAGGAAUUUGGCCACCGAAGCGCUAGGGGCGCUCGAAGCCAAGACCGGUGUCGACAAGCGGUACUUGGCCGCGGGAGCCGCCGCUCUGCUAAGCCUGUAUCUUCUGUUCGGGUACGGGGCGUCUCUGCUGUGCAAUCUCAUCGGCUUUGCAUACCCCGCAUAUGCUUCGAUCAAAGCUAUCGAAAGCCCAAGCAAAGAAGACGACACUGUGUGGCUUACCUACUGGGUGGUGUACGGCCUGUUUGGGCUGGCCGAGUUCUUCAGCGAUCUACUUCUGUCCUGGUUCCCUUUCUACUACGCGGGCAAGUGCGCCUUCCUGUUGUUCUGCAUGGCUCCUGGCCCCUGGAACGGGGCUCUCGUGCUGUAUCAUCGCGUCAUACGUCCACUGUUUCUAAAGUAUCACGAGGCCGUGGACAGCAUCGCGAGUGACCUCAGCGGGCGGACCCUGGACGUGGCGGCCGGCAUAACGAGGGACAUCCUGCAGGCCCUGGCCCGCAGCCGGGCUCUCAUCACCCCGGCGGCUGCGGCAGUGGGCCCCUCACUGCCCUCGGAGCCGACUUCAAAGCAAGCGUGACUCAGCUCCCGAAGAACAGGUGAAGUCCCUGCCCAGCCCCUGUGCAGAAAAGCCGGCCGGCCAGCUGGAGGACGCGUUACACUCCAAGUCCUCCGUGGAUUCCCCAGCCGACUCCCCAGUGGAGUCCACCACCAGCCCCUCGUCCCCAAGCAAGCCAGCCCUCAGGAGCUCCACCAACUUGGGCCACUCCCAGCCUCAAUCCCCUGCCACUGGCUCUGCCAAUGGCACCCAGCUGCCCAGCAAGCUCCGGGGUGGGCUUCUGUCUCGAGCCAACUCCUCCAGCCAGCCCCAGGCCCCAGGGCAGCCCCAGGCUCCCGGGCAGUCCCAGUCCCCCCGACAGCCCCAGGUCCACGGCCAGCAGCGCGCCCCGCCCUCCAUCACUUCCUCUGGCCCUUCCCAGACGGCCCACCAGUCCUCAGGCUCUGCACAGCGUCCCAGCACCUCCUCCAGCCAGGGACCCCACCUUGUGCAGUCUUCCAGUGGCAUCACCAUCCCCCCUCAGCCCCCCAACAAGACCCCCGAUGGACCAGAGGCCUCAGCCCCCAAGUCCAGCAGACGGCAUCAGAAACGGCCCAUAACUAAAGCCACCAGCAGCACCUCGGUGCCCAAGCUGCCUGUCUCCUGCCAAUUCGAGUCCAGCACUGAAGUCAUGUGCAUCUGGCCCCACCACAGACACGGAUUCCACUACCUGCAGCACUGCUGGCGGCUGAAACACCUGGCCUGCUAGGGAGGGCUCAGUAAAGCUCAUCUGGACCAGC